AUGGGAUUCUUGCACAAGCUAUGGGAUGAAACGGUGGCCGGUCCUGCGCCUGAAAAUGGUCUUGGGAAGUUGAAAAAUCACAUUUCCGGCAUAAAGAAUAGUAAUCAGAAGUUGAUGGUGAAUCCUGGUCGUGUCCCGGAUUCUCCUGUCGGAUCAAGCAUCCCGGGUUCUCCUUUGACUCCUGGAACACCAAGUGAAACACAUGCUACGUCUCUCAAUGCUUGCGAUUGGAUUGUGCUAAACGCAUUGGACCGUUGA